GAAUACUGAUAUUCAAUAUUGUUGCAUAGUUUUGAACCGCCCAAGAUGCCCUUUUACCAAAUCUACCAUUCCUACCCGCUGACGGACGACCAGCAGCAGACGAUUGCUUCGGCAAUCACCCACCUGCACGCUACGACCUUCACGACGCCCUCCAUGUUUGUGCAUGUCCAGUUUACUCGAUCCGACGAGAGCGGUGCCACUACGUACUUUAUGGCGGGCAAGCGUCGCACUUCACAGUCGAACCGGAUCGUGGGUGUAGUGCGCACGUCGGCUGUGCGCAGCAAGACCGACUUUGAUGCGCUUGGCCUGAAAAUCGAAGAUGCCUGGUACUCUGCCCUUGGGGUGCAGCGUGGAGAGCCUGGUGAUGCAUUCCCCGCGGGUGAAGAGGCAAAGAAGCUGUCUGUGGUCGUCUUUACGCCCCUCGUUACGGUGAUUGAAGCUGGCUUCGCGGCGCCUGAGGCAGGUCAAGAAGGACCAUGGUUCCGCGAAUCCUUACCGGUUUUCAAGAAGUUGUCUGCUUCUGAUAGCGAUUUUGCCGACAUGAUUCAGGAAAUAAAGGAGCGCGAAGAUAUGAAGAAGCUGCUUGUCUAGCUGGUCUGAUGGGCAAGCUUCUGGGCGGCUGUUCUGUCGUCUAGUGUUCCUGUGGACUUUAUUACAUCAGAGUUAAUGGGGGAAAGAGUAUUCCGAAAUUGUCGAGCGUGUCUUUAUAUCUUUAAUUAUAACUUAAUUUAUUGCUUUUCAGCCUGCUCCAGUGAUUAUCUGCGUUUGCGUUGUUGUUGUUGUUUUUUAUGUCCUUGGUCACGACGUUGCGUCAGGCGAAGCUUCGUGACCCAGCGCGGGGCUCCGCCUUGGAAAACCCACUGAAUUUUGCGUGCUGGAGCCGCACUUCCGGUGACUU